AUGGGGGCUGCUACCUCAAAUGCAUUCUGGUUGUCUCCAGAUAUUCGUCCGGAUUAUCAGAAAGAUCCCAUCUUUGAUCCCCAGUACGGUUUCGACAAACCUCGCGUUCCUAGAAAAAUGAUUGCUACAGAGGAAGAGUUGAAUGCAGCCAACAUACCACCUGAAAAUAGGGAUUAUUGUUCACAUCUCUUGAUUAAGUACUUUGCAUGCAGAGAGCAAAAGUUUCCUCUAACUUACUUCUGCAAAGACGAACGAAAUGCAUAUUCUCACUGUGAAUAUGAUGAGUAUGUUAUCAUUCCUUAA